AUGGAUUCCGAGGUUGCCGCUUUGGUUAUUGACAAUGGUUCCGGUAUGUGCAAGGCCGGUUUCGCCGGUGACGACGCCCCCCGUGCCGUCUUCCCAUCUAUCGUGGGUAGACCAAGACACCAAGGUAUCAUGGUCGGUAUGGGCCAAAAGGACUCUUACGUCGGUGACGAAGCCCAGUCCAAGAGAGGUAUCUUGACUCUACGUUACCCAAUCGAACACGGUAUCGUUACCAACUGGGACGACAUGGAGAAAAUCUGGCACCAUACCUUCUACAACGAGCUGAGAGUGGCCCCAGAAGAGCACCCAGUGUUGUUGACCGAGGCUCCAAUGAACCCAAAGUCCAACAGAGAGAAGAUGACCCAGAUCUUGUUCGAAACUUUCAACGUGCCAGCUUUCUACGUGUCUAUCCAGGCCGUUUUGUCCCUGUACUCGUCCGGUAGAACCACCGGUAUCGUUUUGGACUCUGGUGAUGGUGUCACCCACGUUGUUCCUAUCUACGCUGGUUUCUCCUUGCCUCACGGUAUCUUGAGAAUUGACUUGGCCGGUAGAGACAUGACCGACUACCUAAUGAAAAUCUUGAGUGAACGUGGUUACUCCUUCUCUACCACCGCUGAAAGAGAAAUCGUGCGUGACAUCAAGGAGAAACUAUGUUACGUUGCUUUGGACUUUGAACAAGAAAUGCAAACCGCUGCUCAGUCCUCUGCCAUCGAGAAAUCUUACGAAUUGCCAGACGGUCAAGUCAUCACCAUUGGUAACGAGAGAUUCAGAGCUCCAGAAGCUUUGUUCCACCCAAGUCUACUAGGUCUUGAAGCCGCCGGUAUCGACCAGACCGCUUACAACUCCAUCAUGAAGUGUGACGUUGACGUCCGUAAGGAAUUGUACGGUAACAUUGUCAUGUCUGGUGGUACCACCAUGUUCCCAGGUAUUGCUGAAAGAAUGCAAAAGGAAAUCACCGCUUUGGCUCCUUCUUCCAUGAAGGUCAAGAUCAUUGCUCCUCCAGAGAGAAAGUACUCUGUCUGGAUUGGUGGUUCCAUUUUGGCUUCUUUGACCACUUUCCAACAGAUGUGGAUCUCAAAGCAAGAAUACGACGAAAGUGGUCCAUCCAUUGUUCAUCUAAAAUGUUUCUAA